UUUAAAAUUUGAAAGAUUACGCCAAUUAAUUAUAAAAAAUGGCAAAUUUUAUGCAAGAUAGUGUUGUUAAGUAUGCCUGCUCCUGUGGCAUAUUAAAUCCUAUAAGUAAAUUAUUCUUUUGUCGUCAUUGUCCCAAGCUGAGGUGUGGUUUCUGUGUAUGCCACGAAGUUGAUUCACAUUUUUGUUCGAAUUGCUUGGAAAACAUUCCCUCUUCGGAGGUGCGUCAUAAGAAGAAUUGUUGUGCCAAUUGUUUUGAUUGUCCUUGCUGUCAACAUACUUUGUCGGCUCGAGCCACCACAGUGAUUGUGCAGAAAAAACCAGAUGAAGCUGCAAAAGAAGGAGAGGAAGCUAAACCAGAUGCUUCUAAGGUUAUAACUAAGAAAAUGUAUUAUUUAUCUUGUUUGGCAUGUCGUUGGACUUCAAGGGAUGUGGGUAUUCCUGAUCAAGCUGUAGCUACUGGAGCUUGGCCAGAUAAUGAGUGUGCCUAUCAAACAAGAUUUAAUGCUUUGGCCGAAUACUAUCAAGCCGUGGUGCAACAAGAUAAACAAGAGCGCCAAGAGUAUUUAAGACGCAAAGCUCCGAAAGCUCAUAAGUUUCCUAGUCUUACCGAUCGUACGGGCCUAACAGUGUCCAUAAUACGUCGUCAAAUGGGAUGGUCCGAUAAGAAUACACAAAAAGCUAAACCAGUAAAUAUAGCAGCAGCACAAGAAAGCGAAGAUGUGGGCGAACUGCCAGACAGUAUAUUUACCCAGAAAAUUAAUUUACGCAACAUUACUACUGUUAAGCAACGUCAUAAUCAACCUUGCGAACAACCAUUUACUAUUAAUAAACUGUAUCCUCAAAGGCGUUGCAUGUGGAUAAAACGUUCUUUACGUUGUAGACAGUGUGAACAUAAUGUUAUUAAACCGGAGUAUCAUCCAACUUCGGUUAAAUAUCGCAUACAACUAUUUGCCAGUUACCAUGUGCCAGAUGUUUUAAUGGUCAGUUGCGACGAACCCCUUAAGGCUGGCCAGUUAAAUUCGUUUACUUUAAAAUUUAGCAACCCUACUAUGCACGAUAUGAUGGUAAAGAUACUGGAAUUGCCUUCCUUGGAAGAUGAAUUACAAUUGAUUGAAGAGUUUAAACGCUCUUGCAUUUUAAAAGACACUUCUCUAACAGCUGCCACAGCUAUGGAUUCAUUAAAGUCAUUGACUGGCUCCCCCAGUCUAACUGGUACUAAUAGUCUAACCAAUACUUCAUUGGUAAGGCAAACUUCCAUACACGAAGAGCCGCGAGUAGUUAAGCAAAAAGUCAACUCAAAACUACAACCAUUGGAAACAGAAUUCAUUUUAAAUUUACGUGAUGACUCGAAGGAAUUUGAUGAGGAACCUCAAACCACUCAAAAGGAGGAACCCAAAUUUAUUGUUUGGCGUAAGUCUAAUAAAGUAUUACUACGUUUACAAUUUACUCCCGAUGCUGAUUUGAAAUCUGGUGAUGAUGUCUAUGUGGGAUUUAACUUGUUAUACACUUACGUCAAUACCGUUACCAAUACUCCAGAAAAAAAAGAACCAACUACACAUGACUUAAAUUGCCGUGUUUUUGUUAAAGUUGGCUCUAUUGAAGGUUGAUAGUUACAAUGUUGUAACAUAAAAUUGUAUUAAUUUAAAUUCUGUAAGCUUCUGCUUUUAAUUUUAAGCUUGAAAAAUAAAUGUAUUGGAAUUAUAAUUUAUAUAAAAUAA